AUGCUUACAAUACCAGAGCUCUCAACCUUUAUCGUUGACCUCACUACGUCGUGGACCAAUCAAUCAGUUCUGCCAACAUCUACUGCUCUGGAACCGGACACUAUGCGCAGAGUACGACAGCCUAUACUAUUCUACGAUGCGACACAGAAUGUGAUCAGAAGAUAUGGUGGAUGGCCAUACGACGCUCCGAACGGAGCCUUACCAGACGAUAUGCCGAGCGAGCUUUGGUCAUUUCCAGCAGGUACAAAAGACUCUAACUGGGUAGUGGAUACGAGUCCUAUAGCGAAUGGGCUUUCAAGCAGUUCUCCAGGGCCUUUUGCGCCUGCCAUUGCAUUCUCCGAGUCUGCAUUCUACGCGUUCGGUGGUAAUGUCUUCAAGCCUGCAGCGUUACCGAACAUGACAGUACUCUCAGGAGUUGUGACACAGGAUUUCUCAUCCCAAAGAUGGGACAACGUAACGACCAACAUCCCAAAUCAGAGUCAGUAUCGGACCCAAGCGAAGUCUGUCUUUGUGCCAAAUUUUGGAGACAAAGGAUUCAUCGUCACUGUCGGAGGCGAAUCCCCAGAGACAGAAGAGUCCUUUUACGAGGAGGCAAAAUUCAUGACCGACAUGUCAACCAUUACUUUAUAUGAUAUUGCCUCAGACACCUGGUACACUCAAACGGCUACUGGCGAAAUUCCACCUCCAAGGUCUGAGUUCUGCGCAGUCGGUGUGAAUAGCAGUGAUGGCUCAAGUUUCGAAAUGUUCGUCUACGGCGGGUCGACCAACGUAACAUACGACCAGAAUCACCCUGGGGAGGCCGGAUACUUGAGCGUCUAUGCGUUGUCCAUUCCUGCGUUCAAAUGGUUUCGAUCAGAGUCACGCACUCCUGUAAGACGGGCAUGUCAUACGUGUAGUAUUAUUGGGAAACGCCAAAUGGUUUCCGUUGGUGGGCGGCUGCCCAGUACCAGUAUGACUCUUGGUCAAGAGCGAGACCCUUGGAUAACAGGGCUCGGAAUAUUUGACAUGAGUGAAUUCACAUGGGCAGAGAGUUAUCGUGCCGAUGCUGCGCCUUACGAGCAGCCCAAAAUCGUUAAAGACCACUAUGCAUCAAGCUACCAAGAACCAAUCUGGAGCAACGCUGCUCUGGCUUCAAUUUUCGCAUACACAGCACCACCACCAUCGCCUGACUCCACAAACUCUGGAAGCAAUUCAACAAGCACGGGGUCAACAUCUGGAUCGAGCAGCACCACCACCCCAAACAACGAGCCUACAGUGGAGAAAAAAUCCAGUGUUGGUCCCAUCGUCGGCGGUGUUAUCGCCGGCGUUGUAGGUCUCGCGAUCGUUCUUGGAGUGGGCUUCAUGAUUGGACGCAAACGACGAGCCCGACAGAAGUCAUCAGCGGCCGAGGUAGCUGCUGAAGAACAUCAACCACCACCAGUUUAUAGAUCAAUGACGGAGCAUGCUGCCGAAACGGGAAUUUAUGAAGCUCCGGCGUCCAAGCCCAGGCAGGAACUCCCAGAUACUCCACGACAUAAGCAGUCACAUUUCGUCGAGCUACCCGUCAGUUCUCGUGACUGA